AUGGAAUAUAGUGAUGGUUUCGUAUCGAAAGAGCAUAGGGAGCUUGCACGAUCAGCUUCAGAGAGUGCAGAUCCAUUGUCUGUUUCUCCAUUGCAAAUCUCGGUUCAUCCAAAGUCUGCAAAGUCUCCAAAUUCUCCAAGGUCACCAAACCGAACUGGCUCAAGCAGGGGAAGUCCUAGCAAAGGGAGUCCUGGGAAGGGAAGUCCUAGCCAAGGGAGUCCUGGGAAGGGGAGCCCACUCAAACAUGAAAGACAUUCACAUUCUCCAAAAGACGGGCGUCCUAAAAAAGGUGGUUCAGGGGGUAAAGGUACAUGGGGAGGGCUGCUUGAUGUGGAUGAUAGUUAUUCUCUUGAUGCAAAUGACCCAAACUUUGAUAGCAGUGAGGAAUAUGAUCAUACAACUGUGAGAAAAUCAACGACGGAUUUUCUGGAGUUCAAAAAGAAUGCUACAAUUAUAGUGGAGGAAUACUUUGCAACUGAUGAUAUUGUCUCAACUGCCAAUGAACUGAGAGAACUUGGGAUGUCUGGCUACCACUAUUAUUUUGUGAAGAAACUUGUCUCCAUGGCCAUGGACAGGGAUGAUAAAGAGAAGGAAAUGGCUGCUAUUCUUUUGUCUGCUCUUUAUGCUGAGGUCAUCGACCCCCCACAAGUUUACAGAGGCUUUUGUAAAUUGGUGGAAUCCGCAGAUGACUUGAUUGUAGAUAUACCCGAUACCGUUGAUGUUCUUGCGCUGUUCAUAGCCAGAGCUGUGGUUGAUGACAUGCUCCCACCUGCAUUUUUGAAAAAACAGAUGGCUUCUCUACCUGCAAAGUCUAAGGGGGUUGAUGUGCUAAAAAGAGCUGAAAAGGGCUAUCUAGCAGCCCCUCAUCACGCAGAAAUUAUAGAGCGACGAUGGGGAGGUAGCAUGAGAAAAACAGCUGCGGAUGUGAAGGCUGAUAUUGACAAUCUACUGCUGGAGUAUGUUGUGAGUGGCGACAAGAAAGAGGCUCGCAGAUGCAUCAAGGAUUUGAAAGUUCCAUUCUUUCACCAUGAAAUAGUUAAACGGGCUAUUGUAAUGGCAAUGGAGAGGAAGCAAGCUGAGGGCAUGCUACUAGAUUUGUUGAAGGAAGCCUCUGAAGAAGGCUUGAUUAAUUCAAGCCAAAUAUCAAAAGGAUUUGGCAGGACGAUUGAUGCUGUGGAUGACCUGUCACUUGACAUCCCAAAUGCACGAGGGAUAUUACAGUCCUUGAUAUCUAAAGCAGCGUCAGAGGGCUGGCUGUGUGCUUCAUCUUUGAAGUCACUCGUACAAACACCAGUGAAACGAUCUUCGCAGGAUGAUUCAACCAAAAUUUUCAAGUUGAAAGCCCAAUCUAUUAUUCAAGAAUAUUUCUUAUCUGCCGAUAUUUCAGAGGUCGGUAGUUGUCUCGAAGCAGAGAACAAUGCUUGUUCAGCUGAACUAAAUGCCAUCUUCAUUAAAAGACUGAUAACUCUUGCAAUGGAUCGAAAACAUAGAGAGAAGGAAAUGGCUUCGGUCUUGCUUUCAUCUUUGUGUUUCCCAGCAGAUGAUGUCGUGAAUGGUUUUAUUAUGUUGAUAGAAUCUGCAGACGACACUGCUCUGGACAAUCCAGUGGUUGUUGAGGAUCUUGCAAUGUUUCUGGCUAGAGCAGUAGUGGAUGAAGUGUUGGCGCCACAACACUUGGAGGAAAUUGGAACCCAGUUUUUGGGGCCAGAGUCAAUUGGGAGCAAAGUGCUUCAAAUGGCAAAGUCAUCGUUAAAGGCAAGACUUUCCGGGGAGCGGAUCUCAAGGUGUUGGGGUGGCGGGGGAACCGGCAGUCCUGGGUGGGCCAUUGAAGAUGUCAAGGACAAAGUUGGAAGGCUACUGGAGGAGUUUGAAUCUGGAGGAGAUCUUAGGGAGGCUUGUCGCUGCAUAAAGGAAUUAAGCAUGCCAUUUUUUCACCAUGAGGUUGUCAAGAAAGCAUUAGUGGCGAUAAUUGAGAAAAAGAAUGAAAGAUUGUGGGGCUUACUUGAUCAAUGCUUUAGCUCUGGCCUCAUAACCACAAAUCAGAUGAUGAAGGGUUUUGGGCGGUUAGCAGAAUCUCUGGAUGACUUGGCCCUGGAUGUACCUGAUGCUGAGAAACAAUUCACGCAUUACGUUGAGAGAGCUAAGAGUGCAGGAUGGUUAGAUUCUUCCUUUUGUUUCAGCAAAUCAGGACCUACCAAAGAGAAUGACGCCUGUCUAUGA